AUGACUGCUUUACUACAUGCCCAGAAUGCCGAAGACAGUGAUCCAGACGGCGCUUAUGCAACCAUUAAUAUGGAAGACAACAGUCGUUUUAUGUCCGAUUUUUUCACUCAGGUUGAUUCUUUACGUACCAACAUCGAUAAAAUUCAAGAACUUGUUGAAGAAGUAAAACGUUUACACAGUACAAUAUUAGCUGCUCCACAAGCUGAUGAUCGAACUAAAGAAGAACUCGAAGAAAAAAUGGCUGAAAUUAAAAAGAUAGCCAAUGAAGUACGACAAAGGCUGAAAAAAGAAGUCCACUUGCGUCUACUUUCCUGUUCAGAAAUGGAACAAACUCAAGAACAACAAGUUCAGUCACGAAAACCAAAAUCACAGGCGGAAUUCAGAAUUGAAAAAUCACAGCACGCUACAUUAUCAAGGAAAUUUAUUGACGUGAUGAAUGCGUAUAAUAAUGCACAAAUCGAAUACCGUGAACGUUGCAAAGCGAGAAUACAACGUCAGCUAGAAAUCACUGGACGUUCAAUCAGCGAAGGUGAAGUUGAAGAAAUGUUACAAAGUGAAAAUCCUGCAAUAUUUACUGCAGGCAUUAUGGUUGAAACACAACAAGCUAAACAAAGUUUAGCAGAUAUAGAAGCACGUCAUCGUGAUAUUAUUAAAUUAGAAAAUAGUAUUAAAGAAUUGCAUGAUAUGUUUAUUGAUAUGGCUAACCUUGUUCAGACUCAGGGCGAAAUGAUCGAUCGUAUUGAAUACAAUGUUAUACAAUCAGAAAAUUUUGUUAAAAUUGCUAGCACUGAUACUAGGAAAGCAGUGAAAUAUCAAAGUGCUGCUAGACGGAAAAAAUGUUGUCUGUUAUGUGUUGCAAUCACUGUAUCAUUAAUAUUAUUAGCAAUUGUUGCUGUUAUUGUAAAGAAUGCUGUUCGAUAG